AACAGGAAGCGCGGCGUGCACAGUGGUAUAAGCGGCGCUAAGUGACGGGCGGGCGGAAGUAGGACACGGACGCAUGUUCUUUGACAGAAGACAGAAGGUUAGCUGCGAGAAGGUUUAUAACAGACUCGAUGGAUCGCAUCAGGUCUGGGUUCGACUACAUGAUGAAAGGGCGCCGAUACAGCAAGUUCUUUCGGAAGCCCGGUGGGGACGAUGGCGAGGAACACAUUGAGGUCAAAAUGACGGAGGACGGUUCUGAGGAUGUUGGUGAUUCACCAAGCCAGCAGUCAGAUCAUUCUAACCGGCGUGCUCUUCUCUACUGUGGUUUGGGCGUGGUGAUGAUCUUUUUUCUUGGGUACUUGAUGGCGUAUUUGAUUCAUGGCAAACAAACCAAAGUGGCACCGGAGUCCAGCGGGUCGGUCUCAGAAGUGGGGAAGCCAACUACAGAGGUCGAGAAGAGUGAAAUGGUUCCAGAACCAGUGGUACCUGUGGAGGAGCCUCCGAUGAGUUGGGCCAAGAUUGCCGAUCUGUUCACACAGAAGCUCAGUGCUAAGAACUUUGCCAAGACUUUGAACGAAUACGAUGUUCCCGACCGAUCUGCCGGCUCUGAUGACGACAACCGCCUGGCACAACGCAUCUUCGAGGAGUUCAACAGACUGCAAAUGAAACCGUGGACGGACCGUCACUAUGUUCAGCUGCAGGCGCCAGACAGGAACCGUCCCAAUCUGGUCACUUUUGAUGGCACUGUGUAUAAACCAGAGGGCUAUUUUGCCUACAGUAAGACGGGACAAGUUCAGGGGAAGCUGGUCUAUGGCAGCUACGGCCGUCCACAGGAUCUGGACCUCCUCACAAAGAGCAACGUGGAGCUGAAGGACACUGUUCUGCUGCUGAGAGCCGGAAGCAUCACGUUUGCCGAGCAGGUGAAGAACGCAGAAGCCAGAGGAGUGGCUGCCGUCCUGAUCUUCCCGGACCCCAAGGAUUACGACUACAGAGUGGACACUGAACUUUUCGGACAUGUUCACCUGGGUUCCGGCGAUCCCUACACUCCUGGCUUCCCGUCCUUCAACAACACCCAAUUCCCGCCGACAGAAUCUUCCGGCCUCCCAAAGAUCCCAGUCCAGAGUGUCACAGGGAAGAUCGCUAAAACUCUGCUGCAGAAAAUCGGCGGUCCAGCUUCAGUCCCUGAUUUCAGAGGUGGCAUCACAGACGUGACCUACAGUCUGGGUGGAACAAAGAACAUCACCGUCGAGGUCAACAACGUGUUGGUCAACCGGGAGCUGUACAACGUGUUUGGGGUCAUCAAGGGGUACAUCGAUCCUGAUCGCUAUAUUGUUCUGGGAGCCCAGAGAGAUGCUUGGGGCCGGGGCUACACCCAGGCCACUGUGGGGACCUCGGUGCUGCUGGAGCUGGCCAGGGCUGUGCAGCAGAUGGUGGAGACAGAUGGAGUGAUACUCAGAAGGAGCAUCGUCUUUGCAAGCUGGAGUGCUGGAGAAUAUGGGAGCAUUGGUGCAACCGAGUGGUUGGAGGCUUACAUGACCUUGCUGGACAAAAGAGUGGUCAGCUACAUCAACUUGGACGGGGUGGUCAUGGGUCGUGGGAGUUUCAUGGCAUCUGCAAGUCCCCUGCUCUACGGUCUCAUAGAGAAGACCUUGAAGACGGUGGACAGCCCCACUGGGUCUGGAAGUCUGUACCAGUUGAUGGGACAAACCGAUUGGGUGUCCAGAGUAAUCAGACCAGUGUCGCUGGAUGACCCCUCCUAUCCAUUUCUGACCUUCUCUGGCAUUCCAUCCAUCUCUUUUCACUUCAUCUCUCCCAACUCUGAGGUGUAUCCAUACUAUGGAACCAAGCUGGACAACAUGGAUCACCUCAACUUUCAAACCAACCAACGCACCAGCGACCUGACCGUCCUGGCGGCCCAGUUUGCCGGUCGGAUGGCUCUUCGCUUGGCCCACGACCACCUGGUCAACCUGGACGUAAACCAAUACAGUGACAUUUUGACGCAAGCUGUGCGCAAAGUCUACGUGCGCAUCAGGAAGCUCACCCAGUCUGGACAACUAAAGAAUGUGAGUCCGGCAUGGCUGGCGACCGCUGCAGCAUCCUUCAGCCAGGCCACCCGCGGCCUCAUCCUCGACACCCAGAACACCGACCUCAACGAUGCAGAGGCCUGCCGCAUUCUCAACGACAGAAUCAUGCGUGUCGAACAUGGCCUGCUGUCUCCGUACGUGUCCCCCCUUACCACACCCUUCCGGCACAUCCUACUGGGGCGCGGCUCUCACACUUUGUCAUCCAUCGCUGAGACCACCGAUAUGGACGAGCUUCGCGUGCAGCUAGCUCUCGCCACCUGGACCGUGCAAGGCUGCACCAACGGCAUGUUGGGAAAUGUCUGGGACCUCCAGACCGCAGCCUAAACCACAGCUUCUCCUGUGUGUGCGUGCGUGCGUGCGUCCGUGUGUGUGUCUGAUAGAUAAACAAGCAGAAGGAGGUUCGACAUCUGUUGGAAGUACUACUGAUACUUUAUGUUUACUCCAAAAUCCCCCUCCACUGUAGCCCUUCGGUGUGCGUCUCUCAGUGGCCUCGGCUGCUCUUGAUUUUUCUUUUGUUUUUUAUUAUCGGAAGCAGUGCCUUCCAUAAUUAUGACGGUUAUACUGUCGGAUCCUUCGGCAGUAUCUGCUAGACAAACGGCUCCUCAACUGACUAAAUGAAGACAGAGUGGUUACUUUUUAUGUUUAUAUUCCUACACUCCCUUGUCCAACAGAAAGCAGCUAAACUGAUGACCAAACUUUGGACUUUAUUUAUAGAUGAAAUCAACCGCAGAUAAGAGUGUACAAUGGAGCAGUUGAUGAUUCGCAUUAUCGGAAGCAGUGUCUUCCAUAAUUAAUACAUUAUCGAGAACAGUGUUUCUCAUAAUGAUGAGUAAUGAAGGUAGUUUUUAUCUACCGCGUGUGGCUGUUGGUGUAUUUGUGCGUGUGUGCGUGUGUGUGCGUGCGUGCGCAUGCGCGUGGAUGCUUGUCUUUAUCCACGUAUGUUUUCUCUCUGCAUAUAUGUCCAGUUUUAUAUGUGUAUUUAUCGGGAGCAGUGCCUCUCAUAUUUCACUUGGAAGAGUGGAACAACUUAUCGGGGACAGUGUUUCCCAGAGUUUUAUACUUGAUGUAUUUAUUUGUUACAGCCCGCUCGACCUUGAAGGUUUAGUCGUCACACUGUGCAUCUGCAGUCGUCCUCCUGCUUCCACAUCUCGUGUUACUGACUUAAAAGAUAUCGCACUGUGCUUGUGUCAGGAGCAGCUCCUCUUUCUCAAGGUUCCCAUAGAAACCAUGGUUGUGUCACUGACAUACAAUGUAGACAUCUCUCCGCAUCCAUGUUCCUUUUCAAAAUGUGUCAUUUGAACAUAAAGUAAAGUUCAGCUGACGUCAUUUAUCAAGACCUGCAAAAGUAUGCUCAACCAUGCAUAUGAAAAUAUUCCAUUAUGACUUGAGUGCAAAUUGUAAUUUGAUCUACAUUUGCUUUUCCUGAGCAGUCGUGCAGCUGUCUCUCUUCCAAAUCCAUUGAUGGAGAAAAUCUUGAUUUUGACAACAUGCUGUCUGUUGUGCUUGUUGGGUCUGAACUCCACUGAUCAUGUUCCCUUAAAAAUAAAACCCCCUCAGCACUUACUGGUCCUGCAUUGAUUCC